UGCAUCCUACCUACAUAUGGCACAGAGAGUACCUGAAUUUCACAUGCACGAGACCUAGAAAACAAGGUUCCAAGAACAAAACUAAUUCCUGAAGUUCCUGAGAGCACAAGGGAAGUAGGGUCAGAGUGGAGGCUUUGGGGAGAGGCACCUGACACCAGAUUUUGUGGCCUGCACGUGACAUUCUGCCUAAAAGAAACAGGAGACCAUGACAGGCGUGCUAACACUUGAGACCAUGGCCAGUGGAGAGGCAUGCGGGCCAAGGAACUGUGUGGUGUGUGGAGACCGAGCCACGGGCUAUCAUUUCCAUGCCCUGACGUGUGAGGGCUGCAAAGGCUUCUUCAGGAGAACAGUCAGCAAAACCAUUGGUCCCAUCUGUCCCUUCUCUGGAAGCUGUGAGGUCAGCAAAGCCCAGAGACGCCACUGUCCAGCCUGCAGGUUGCAGAAGUGUCUAAACGUUGGCAUGAGGAAAGACAUGAUACUGUCAGCAGAAGCCUUGGCGUUGCGGCGAGCCAGGCAGGCACAGCGGCGCGCACAGAAGGCGUCCUUGCAAAUGAGUCAGGAGCAGAAAGAGCUGGUCCAGACCCUCCUGGGGGCCCAUACUCGCCACGUGGUCCCCAUGUUUGACCAGUUUGUGAAGUUCAGGCCUCCAGCUUACCUGUUCGUCCAUCACCGGCCCUUCCCUCCUCUGGUCCCCGUGAGGCCUCUGCUCACACACUUUGCAGAUAUUAACACGUUCAUGGUGCAGCAGAUUAUCAAGUUCACCAAGGACCUGCCCCUUUUCCGGUCCCUACCCAUGGAGGACCAGAUCUCCCUUCUCAAGGGAGCAGCUGUGGAAAUACUGCAUAUCUCACUCAACGCUACUUUCUGUCUUCAAACACAGAAUUUCUUCUGUGGGCCUCUUUGCUACAAAAUGGAGGAUGCGGCCUAUGUAGGGUUCCAGGGGGAGUUUUUGGACUUGACCCUUCGCUUCCAUGAGACAUUGAAACGACUGCAGCUCCAGGAAGCUGAGUACGUGCUCAUGGCUGCCAUGGCCCUCUUCUCUCCAGACAGGCCUGGAGUGACCCAGAGAGACCAGAUUGAUCAGCGGCAAGAGGAGAUGGCACUGAUCUUGAACAACUACAUUAUGGAACAGCAGUCAAGGCCCCAAAGUCGGUUUCUGUACCCAAAGCUGAUGGGCCUGCUGGCUGAGCUCCGGAGCAUCAACAAUGCAUACUCAUAUGAAAUCCAGCGCAUCCAGGGACUGUCUGCUAUGAUGCCACUGCUCGGGGAAAUCUGUAGCUGAGGCCCAGGCUUGCCUCCUGCCCCAGACUCCCCCGACAUUGGACCGGAAAGGGGAAAUGGCUGGUACCCAAGAUGGGGACCAGCUUAAAGGAGCUCCGUGACAGCAAUGAAACACUGAACAGUAA